CUCAGGGGUCAAAGCGUUGUACUUCCUGCGCGGCGGUACAGCGUGUUCUGGUUUGUGAAGCGCUAACGUUAUUGUGACGAAAAGAAAUCAAACAUCGAACUUAUAACCAACAAUACGUAUUUAACGUAAGAAAAAAAUGAGUUUACCUCUCAACCCAAAGCCUUUCCUGAACGGCCUGACAGGCAAGCCAGUGAUGGUGAAGCUGAAGUGGGGUAUGGAGUAUAAGGGCUACCUGGUGUCUGUAGAUGGAUACAUGAAUAUGCAGCUGGCAAACACAGAAGAGUUUGUAGAUGGAGCUUUGGCUGGACAUCUGGGCGAAGUGCUCAUCAGGUGCAAUAAUGUUUUGUACAUCAGAGGCGUAGAAGAAGAAGAGGAGGACGGAGAAAUGAGAGAGUGAUGCUGGUGUCUGAGUGUGAUUGUACCUCGUAGCUGAGUUGAUGUGUGUUUGUGUUUUCACCAUGUGAAACAAAUGGACGCCUGGGGUUUGUUAUUUUUCAAGCAGUUUUGAAGAUGAUUCCUUUCUUUUUUUUUUUUACUUUAUGUGAGGCCAAUUUUAUGUUGUGACAUUGUGAUACGGAAACAAUAAAGUGAUUAUUGUA